AUGGAUCGAAGAAAUAACUUAUUUAAAUUUAACUUAUCAAUGUUAAAUCUCCCUAAAUCCCAAAAAUUAAGAUCAUUUGGGGUUUAUUUAGCUGGAGCAUUAUACGCAAUUGGAUUUUGGUCAAUGAUUGAUGCAGCAAUUUAUUCCAAAUCAAUUAAUGCUUCAAAUGUUCAUGUAUCAAUUGUCGAUUGGAUACCUUUUAUUUGUUCAACUUUAGGUAUGAUAAUUGUUAAUAGUAUUGAAAAAUCCAAUUUAUUCAAUGAUAAUCAAAAUUCAUUCUUAUCACCAAAUUCUAAUGCUUGGGCUGCAAGAGUUAUUUUAUUCUUGGGAUUUUCUUUAUUAGCAGGAGGUUUAGCUGGAUCAUUUAUGGUAUUUAUUGUUAAGUUCUUGAUGAAAGAUAUUAAAUUUCCAACCUUAGGUAUGGGAGUUUCAAAUAUCAUUUGUAAUGGUUGUAUAAUGUUUAGUUGUAUAAUCUUAUGGUUAUCACAAAAUAUUGAAGAUGAAUAUAGUUAUAGUUUAGCAUUAUGA